UCUGUUACUGCAGUUAAGCGGUUAAGUCCAAAUCCACACCCACAACACAUGUUCAUUCCGGCUUCAGGAGAAACGAAACUAGCCAGGCUGGCUGUUGCAAAAACUUCUUUUUCUACUAACAUGGAUGAAAAAACAGCAAAGUCUGCCGAUCUCAGCUACACCACAGCCUCAGAUGUGGAGUGUGAUGUGUGCACGGGAAGGAAUCAGAAAGCAGAGCAGUCCUGUUUAGAUUGUAUGGCUUCAUUCUGUAAAAAUCAUCUAGAUCUGCAUGACAUUUUGCAUGUGGGGAAGAGACACAUGCUGGUGGAAGCUACAAUAAGCCUUAAAGACAGCAUCUGUCCCAAGCACAACAAACUAAUGAAGAUUUUCUGCCGCAAAGAUCAGCAGUGCAUUUGUCACCUUUGCAUUACUAAUAAACACAAAAACCAUGAUGUCGUCUUAAUUGGGGAUGAGGUGCCUGAGAAGAAGAUUAAACUUGGUAAAAUGCAAAAACAGACAGUCAAAAAGAUUCAGACCCGGGAGAAAGAGGAGCAAAGUUUAAAACAAGCCAUUAAAUCAUUCAAGACAUCAGCAGUGAUGGCAGUGGAGGAGAAUGAAAGAAGCUUUACAGAGCUGAUUCGCUCUAUUGAGAUGAGGCAGUGUACAGUGAAGGAGCUGAUCUUGGCUCAGGAGGAGGCUGCUGUGAAGAAAGCUAAUACAUUUUUAGAAAGACUGGAACAGGAGAUCAGUGAUCUGAAGAGCAGAGAUGCUGAACUACAGCACCUGGAGCUGCUCUCUCAAGUUGAGAAUGACAUAUAUUUUCUACAGCGUGCUUCUUCUGUUCACCACCUCUUACAGCUCAUUCAGAGCCCAACACUUUCAGUCCAUCCAUCCUAUCCAUUUGAGCUUAGCAUUGAUGCUGUCUCAAAUCUUAACAAAAAACUGCACAUAAUCUGGCAGUGGAGCUUUAUGACAAUCUCCGAAAGAGUAAAAAACACUGGCAUCGUAUCUGCACCAUUACCUCAGACUUACCAGGAGCUCUUAAAAUAUGCUAUCAAACUUACUCUGGAUACAAAUACAGUGCACGACAAGCUCCAACUGAGUAACCUGAACAAGGAACUGACAGCUGUACAAACUUCAGCUAACUAUCCUUCCCACCCUGACAAAUUUGAAAGGCGGAUACAGGCCUUAUGCAGAGAAGGUCUGCGUGGUUCACCAUGUUACUGGGAGGUGGAGUGUGGUACAAAAGGGUCAUGGGUUAAUAUUGCAGUCUCAUACAAAAGGAUAAAAAGGAAAGGGAAACAGGCCCCUCUGUUUGGCAGAUGCAAAGACUCAUGGGCCUUGCGCAACUAUGGGGGUAUAUACCAAUUCUGGCAUGGCAAUAAGCACCAGAAAUUCCACACCGACAGCUCAUUAGAUUGUUCUAGAAUAGGAAUCUAUCUGGAUCAUGGAGCAGGAAUUUUGGCCUUUUACAACGUCUCAGGUAACUUUAGCCUCAUCUCCAAGAUCCAGACGCAGUUUACAGAGCCUGUAUAUGCUGGUUUUGGACUGAUAGGGACAGGAUCCCAUAUUAGACUCUGUGAUUUACAAGAUUUGUAGUUAAGAUCAACCUCUUUCUCACAGAGAAUGUCCUUGUUGCACUUCAGAUUUCAGUAUUACUCAAUACAUACUGUAUUACUAUGGUUCUACUAGUUGUCAUGUAAUGGGGAAGAUAAAUGGUGAUAGCUUCAUCCUUAAACUUUGAUUCUAUAUCUGUAUCAUGUUAUUUAUUUUUUGGUGCCACCAAAACAGUAAAACAUGAAGUGACACACAAUAAACUACUAACUAUUACAAAAACUA